CCCAACCCCAACGCUUAAAUGCUCUUCUUUCUCAUUGCUAUUCUGCCAACCAGCAUUCCCCAAACACAAAAUAGCAUUUGUCACUCUUCUCAAGUUAAAAAUCCACAAACUAUCCACUGACCACUAAGUCUUUUUUUUUUUUGCCUCAAGAAUGGAGGUCUGCCUUUGUCUCAGUUCCAGCUCAAGAUCAAUCACUAAAUUUAGCAGUUUAGCUAUUCUGAUGACUUCCUUGUUUUCUCUUAUAUGCUUUACGUCUACAGGUGAGUACGCUUAUGAUGCACUCGAUCCCAAUGGAAAUAUUACCAUCAAGUGGGAUGUUAUAUCGUGGACUCCAGAUGGAUAUACUGCUGCUGUUACAAUAUAUAACUUCCAAAAGUAUCGUCAUAUUCAAGCACCGGGGUGGAAAUUGGGUUGGACAUGGGCCAAAAAAGAAGUAAUCUGGGGUGCAGUUGGAGGUCAAGCCACAGAGCAAGGAGACUGUUCAAGAUUCAAAGUGAACAUCCCUCAUUGCUGCAAAAGGGAUCCAACCAUUGUCGACUUGCUGCCAGGAACUCCGUAUAACCAGCAAAUUGCAAAUUGUUGCAAAGGUGGAGUAAUUAGCUCGUGGGUUCAAGACACGGAGAAAGCUGUUAGUGCAUUCCAGCUGACUGUCGGUCAAGCAGGAACAAGUAACAAAACCGUGAGGUUGCCAAAAAACUUCACCCUCAAGGCACCGGGGCCUGGAUAUACUUGUGGGCCUGCAACGAAGGGGAAACCAACCAAGUUUCCAACACCAGAUGGAAGGAGGUUCACUCAAGCUUUGAUGACAUGGAAUGUUACUUGCACCUAUUCACAGUUCCUAGCUCAGAAGACACCCACUUGUUGUGUCUCACUAUCCUCUUUCUACAACAAGACAAUUAUAAACUGUCCGACUUGCGCAUGUGGUUGCCAAAAUGACAUAACUCGACCGGGAACAUGCGUAGAACCGGACUCCCCUUAUUUAGCUUCAACACGUGUAAGUUCUGGAAAGAAUGAUUUCAGACCUCUGGUCCAAUGUACUCCUCAUAUGUGUCCCAUUAGGGUUCAUUGGCAUGUUAAGACCAACUAUAAAGCUUACUGGAGGGUAAAAAUCACAAUAACAAAUUUUAACUACAGAAUGAAUUAUUCCCAGUGGAAUCUUGUUGUUCAGCACCCCAACUUUGACAAUCUCACCCAGAUAUUCAGCUUUAAUUAUAAGCCACUGGUCCCCUAUGGUUCCAUUAAUGAUACUGCUAUGUUUUGGGGAAUCAAAUAUUACAAUGAUCUGCUAAUGCAGAGUGGACCUUCUGGAAAUGUGCAAUCAGAGGUCAUACUUCAGAAGGAUAAAUCGACGUUCACCUUUGACGAAGGAUGGGCUUUCCCUCGAAAGAUUUACUUUAAUGGUGACAAUUGUGUUAUGCCACCUGCGGAUGUCUAUCCCUACCUACCAAAUGCUAGUGCCCACAGUGCGCUUACUCUACCUCACUUUUUGGCCGCAAUUUUGAUAUCUCUUAUUCUACUAUGUUCACAUGACUUUUAAAAUUAUAAGAAAGAAAUAUAAUUGAGGAUUUUCAUUGCUUCCAAUGAAGAGGUUUUCCUA